AUGGUGUAUGGUUCUACUCUCCGAAUACCAUCCGAGUUUUUCGUCGAAAACUCUGCCAAUAACAUCGAAACAGAUUUCGUCAUCAAGCUACAAGAGGCCAUGCAGAAUCUUAAACCCAAAGCGACAGCAUGGCACGGUAAACGUGACGUCUUUGUGCAUCGUGAUCUACAAAGCUGCAAGCACGUCUUCAUCCGCGAUGACUCCGCGAGACCGUCGCUAUCGCCCCCUUAUGAUGGCCCAUUUAAGGUGGUACGUCGAAGCAGCAAAUACUUCAAGGUACUCGUCAAAGGUCGGAUGAAAAACGUUUCGAUCGACCGAUUGAAACCAGCAUACACAACUGAUGAGCAACUGCAGCCUAAGAGCAGCCAUCGUCCCGCUGCUGCCUCCACUGAUACAAGCCUACCGGCUAGAGUAACCCGCUCUGGUCGACGAGUCGUCAUUCCUCUUCGCUACCGCUAG